UUACAAUAACCAACAGCGAUCUAGUGCGGAAGUGACUUUCUCUAAUCUACAAUACUGCCUGCAGCCAGAUACAGGCUCCCACGCCUAAUUCGCCCAAAUUCAACGACGUGAUUCUUUGUCAGAUUUGUACGACACCACCGACAUCACCAACGUCGCCGACUCCACGAUGCUACUGCAACUGCUAAAGAGAUCACUGUUUUUUAUUGCCCUUGGGGCAACCACAGCGCUUCAUCUUAAUAUCACUGCAAUUGGUGCGCGCGAUGGUAGAUCAACAUUAGAGUGUUGGCAGCUCGAGGAAGAAUUCAUCAUUUCCAACACAGCAGGCGUUGCAGGGAGCGCCAGCGCGGUCUUGAGUGAUGCCGCCAACAGCUCCAUUGUCGUCAUACCUUCCGGUUUCGAUGGUGGUCUGCACAAUGCCCCGCAUAACCAAUGGGUCCUUUUCACCACAGGUCUAGCCCUCAUCACACUGCCCGAGAACAACUCUGCAAAGGCAUAUGUCACCGGCGGGGAAUUCGGACUCAUCUUUGCGGCGGAUACGGCGGAUGUGAGUCGCCUGGGGCACCGGACUCAGUAUCCUGGCAUCACGGAGACCAUCGCUAUCCAGAUACCGACCAAGGACAACAGGGUGCCGGCGCACACCUGCCUGUAUGACGGGGCUUGCUCGGCGGGUGAGGUUGUGGGCUUGAGGGGCCUUGCUGUUGCUGGAUGAAUUUCACCUUGUGAGACGUAUAUGGACUGGAGGAAAAACCUGUGAAGAAUUGACCAGGGCUGGUAGUAGUCCAGGCGGGGUGAGUCAGCGGCCGAGAGGCACUGUUCAGGAAGGGGGCGGGGGUUUCUUGUGUAAAUGGUAGAGAAUUGACAUACUACAUCUCAAUCGACGUUGACAGAUUCUCAUAGCUCGGUCAAACCCGUACGCUGUAAAUUAUAUACAAGAGAAAAUAAAGUUUCUUGGACUGGU